AUGGAAGCAGAUGCCAGCCCCAUGUCUCUUCCAGGUGAAGUACUGACGCUGCUAGAUGGAGCUCUCUACAGGUCCACGACACCCUUCCGGCUAAUGACGUACCAGUCCACGACACAUACCCACCAGAAACAUGGCGGCGGCGGCGCCGCGCACACCGAUGACGUAUGCAAAGCGCUGGCGUGGCUAUGGGGCGGACUGGGCCAGGGGGCAGGGUGCCCCCCGGACCUCUCUGAUGCCUUUGCAGAUGACCCCCGCCGCUGCAAACACUUCUUCUCUCCCAUCUCGGCCGCAGCAGCAGAGGGGAGAGAUGAAGUGCUUGCGGCGGCGGAGAGAAGCGAAGAAGCAGCUCGGCUGCUUUUGACAGUGUCCGCUUUAACGAUCGGGCUCCUCGGCGGCCACAGCAGUUUCCCCCGCCCACCUCCGCUGCCAUUGGUGGGAGAGGGAGACUGCAGAGCUACAAUUGGCCGACUGUUUAGUUCGGCUGAGCGGGACAUAGAGAGCGGGCACCACAACCCGAACGGGCAGGCAACCUCGCUACUCCCCCCACCAUCCCCAAGAGAAGAGCACCUGAAUCAAGAAAUCUCUUGUAUCCGGCAGCUGGCGGGCCCCUUUCGUCCGACACUCCCGGCGCAUGAGGGGGGCCGCCGGCUGCCGGAUACCAAUGUGAUCAUCGGACACUCCCGAUGUGAUCAUCGUACACAGGGACAGAACUACCGCCGACCAGAAAAUACUUCAGCGGAGUGUUCACCACCUUCAAGCAGCAGGAAAGAGGACGAUCUGCAUGAUGUGCGUCAACAAAAGCUGGAGUUACAGCGCAAUCUUUUUGAGAAGAAACAAAGAAGAAAGCGCCAGGAGCCACUUAUGAUCCAAGCUAACUCUGAUGCCAAACUUAAACCUCGAAGGUCCCGAAAGCCUGAGGAACAGGCGGUACUGGUGGAGUCUUGCACUGUUUCCAGCAUCUACAUGGGUGUAUCCAAUCCUGCCAUAUCAGAUGGAGCUCCUGCCAGCCCCCGCCUCAGUUCAGCUAUCUGCUCGGACAGCUUCUCACGGACCACCAAGACUGAUGUUGAACUAGAGAAGAAGGAGCCAGACCUCUAUGGAGGUGACAUUUCAGAUGAAGAUUUCGAGGAGACCAUUCUUGCAGACACCCGGCCUCUUACCUGCAAGAAGGAACCAGUCCCAGCCACAGCAAAGCAGAAGGGCAAGACAAGAGCAGCAAAAUCUGAUGUGAAAGAACCGAAGGCCAAAACUGCAUCACCCAAAGUGUCAAAAAAACAGAGAUCAUUUAAACAAGAGGCUCAAGACACAGACAAAGAAAAUAGACUUUUCAUGAAAGGUGAUGGUGAUGGUGAUGGCUCAGGCAUAGCACAAGAUCUAAUACAAGAUUUGAAGGCAGACAAGGUGGUUGUAGCUGAGAACUCCAGUGAUGAGGAGAAUUCAGUGUCUGUAGGGGACAGAACAGUCCCUCCAGCACCAGUCAAACAGCGUAAUAAGAAAAAGCCGGAAAAAACAGGUAAAUGGAGUAAAAAUGAAGAAAAUCCCUCUUAUGAAACAGCAGAUGCAGAGGGUCUAGAAGAUGAUUUUGAUGAAGAUUUAGAUAUUCUCAGUAGUGUUGUAUAUACAAGGCCAUUGUCUGCCUCUAGUAAGGAAGAAGAUUCCCAGAUAGCCCCUCCUUUAGAAAUCGAUGAUCUUGAGGGCUUUGCACUCCGUCCGGCUCCACACAACAUGACUCUCCAGUGCCGUAUUACCAGAGACAAGAAAGGAGUUGAUAAAGGCAUCUACCCUACUUAUUAUUUGCAUCUAGAGAGGGAUGAUGGCAAACGGCUUUUCCUUAUGGCUGGAAGAAAGAGAAAGAAAAGUAAGACCUCUAAUUACCUGAUCUCAGUGGAUCCUACAGACCUAUCACGGGGUGGAGAGAGUUUUAUUGGUAAAGUCAGAUCAAACAUGCUGGGCACCAGAUUCACAGUUUUUGACAACGGAGUGAACCCUGACACAAAGCCGUUUGUGCAAGAGAGGGAAUCAUUCAGACAAGAACUGACAUCAAUAUGUUAUGAAACCAAUGUUCUGGGGUUCAGAGGUCCCCGCAAAAUGACUGUUAUUAUACCUGGGAUGAACCAGGAUUGCGAGAGAGUGUGCAUACGGCCGCGUAAUGAACAUGAGACACUUCAGACUCGUUACCAGAAUGGUAACAUGGAGAAUAUUAUCGCUCUGCACAACAAAGCACCAUCCUGGAAUGAGGAGACUCAGUCAUAUGUCCUAAAUUUUCAUGGUCGUGUCACGCAGGCCUCUGUGAAGAAUUUUCAGAUUAUAAAUGCUGAGGACAAUGAGUACAUUGUCAUGCAGUUUGGCCGAGUAGCAGAGGAUGUUUUCACCAUGGAUUUCCGCUAUCCACUUUGUGCUCUGCAGGCCUUUGCCAUCUGUUUGUCCAGCUUUGACAGCAAACUUGCCUGUGAAUAGAGUUUGGAAUUACAAAGACUGGAAUAAAUCUUGGAGUUCAAGAACAGUUGUAUUAGUAAAAUUAGACAUUUAAGUGGAACCUAAGCCAUAAAAUAUUUUGAUA